UGUUUGACAAAGCUGGCACUCCGGAGGGUUAUCGAACCUUAUUCGUAGGCAGUCACACCGCGAAGCGAGAGAGGGAGAUCGCCAGAAAAACCCUAGGCAGCUCCACGAAGUGGCGAACUCAAUGUCCUCGCGGCAAAAAUCGGCAUCUCAAGCGAGCAUUGUAUACAGAGACAUUGUGGGCCGUAAACCAACCCAGAUUGCGAGACUCAGAGGUGACACUGAAAGGGUAUCGCUCGCCCACUCACCGGGUGUCUCCGUGCCCAGCAUCAUCGCGGAGGAUUACGAACUAUGAUCUGCAG